CCACUAAACUACUCGCAGCUACUCAUCUUGCUGGUCCCUUGGUAAUUAGGCUUCGUACUUACAUGUUGACCAACGAGCGAUAUUUGUUGAAUAAUGUGUCCAGACAUUGUAGACACAAUCCUGGCUGAACUAUGAACUAUUUCUAUUUGCAUUGUAUAUCAUAUCAGACCACCGCAACACAGCCUCGUGUCACUUUAAGCAGGAGUCUUAUGAUCGUCACGUUACUCAGCACAAACAGCACACUGGUCAUACAAGAUGACGGCGAAACCACUGAAAGAUGCAGCUUGCGUAGAAAUUGACAGGUAUGCAGAUGAAUUGAACAAAGUCAGUCAUGCCAUAUGGGAAAAGCCUGAGCUUAAUUUUGAGGAGAUAAAUGCUCACAAGGUACUGACCGAUUUUCUUGAGAAACAUGGAUUUGAGGUUGAAAGGAAUUACAAACUGGAUACAGGGUUCAGGGCAGUGUUUGGUCAAGAUGGGACAGGUCCUCAUGUGGCCGUACUGUGUGAAUAUGAUGCCCUGCCGGAGAUCGGACACGCUUGUGGCCACAACCUGAUUGCUGAAGUGGGCGUGGCAGCGGGCCUUGGGGUGAAGGCGGCGUUACAGGCUACAGGAACGGGAGGGAAGUUAACUGUUCUUGGCACUCCUGCGGAGGAGGGUGGAGGUGGCAAACUUGAUUUCAUCAACGCCAAAGUCUUUGAUGAUGUUGAUAUUGCGAUGAUGGCGCACCCGUCGCCUUUGGUAACAGCAUUCCCUUUCUGCCUGUCCAUAGUACAAUGCAAUAUCAAGUUCCACGGCAAGGCAUCUCACGCUGCCGGCUUUCCUUGGAAGGGCAUCAACGCUCUUGACGCCGCCGUCCUGUGCUACCAGAACAUCUCCUGUCUCAGACAACAGAUGAAACCUGACUGGAGAGUGCAUGGGAUCAUCAUCAAUGGCGGGGCCAAGCCCAACAUCAUACCUGAGUUGACGGAAUUGGAAUACUACCUGAGGGCACCCACUGACGCUGAGCUGAACGUUCUGAAGGAGAAAGUGUCCAAGUGUAUAGAGGCUGCUGCUUCAGCCACAGGGUGCACGGCGGAAUGCAACUUUGAUCCACGAAGUUACGCCAACGUUGUUACCAACAAGACGCUGGCCAAUGCCUUUGUCGAAAACGCUAAGGGUCUUGGUGUUGAGUUCACGCCGCAGGAAAAACUGGCCGGACAGGCGUUGGGUUCCACCGACAUGGGAAACGUGUCCUACGUCGUUCCAAGUAUCCACCCCAUGUACUAUGUAGGGGUUGAGGGCUGUCUCAACCACACAAGAGAGUUCACAGCGGCUGCAGGUUCGCCUGAAGCACAGCGCAACACACUGGACAUGGGGAAGGCUCUCGCCAUGACAGCCAUUGACGUGUUCACAUCACCGGAUAUGUUAUCCAAGAUCAAGGAAGAUUUUAACAAAUAUUUUCAAACUGAAUAAACACUGUAUUUUGAAACAUCCACUGAAGGCAGGAUUAGGUCAUUACACGAAUACAAAAUGUCACUGUAUGUAACACUAUCACUGAGAUGGCAUUUUACCUUGUUAUGCAGAAAUACACAAAACAGAAUAGUGUUACCUUCAAAUAUAUGUUAUACGAUGCUGCCACGUAUUGUUCAAAUAACGAAUUAAUCACAAAAGUACCCUUUUGUAACUCCACAUGUCUUGUAUUAUGAAUAAAGAUUAUUUUAUUU